GAUUUUUUUUUUUGCAGAAUGCCACCAAGAAGAUCAUCAAGAGCAAAUACUUCCAAAGAAAAUACUACUGAACAGAAAUCGAAAUGCAACGGAAUAACCGAAAAAGAACCAGACCAGUGGGUCAUGUUAAUUAACAAGAAAACCCUUCAGACUAACCAGGAUCCAGAAGAAAAUCCAAAAUUUUACCAGUUAAAACAUCCGAAAACCGAAAAGGGGGCUUUGUUUUUGUUUUCUGGAAAUGACACAGACGUUUAUGAGUUACAGAGUUUUAAUCAACAAUUUAGAUCAUGGAUAAUUGACAAUGAAAUCCUUAAAGAUGGAAAAAUUCUGUUUACAACUCCUAUCGAUCCACUGUUUUUGGUUUUGCCGUACCUGCAGAAAGAGGAGAAAUCUGGCAAAUUCAUGACAUUAGAUCAAAUAGUUGUUGAUGACAGUUUUCCAGAAUGUAGGAGACUUUGCAACACAAGUGGGAUGUCACUGUUAAAGGAAAUAUCUGAUGUCAAGGGAGAUGAUUCCUUCAAAGCUUACAGAUUCAAUAAAGAGAAGACACUAUCUUGGCUGAAAGAAAAGGCAAAUAGACUAGCAGACAAAAUGACAGAGAAAGAUAUUUGUGUCAGCGGUUCAUCUCACAGUGUCAACUUUAUUAAAAGUAAAAAAUCUUCUGUAACAUCUCGAGAAGACUAUGUAAGAUUUGCCCAUGGUGUUGUUUCCGAUUACAUCUCUGAAGACCUAAGUAUUGCUUUAAGAGACUACAUGGGAAUACCUGUUAUUAUCCCUAAAAAAGAGAUAGAAAACGAAGAGCCACCUGCAAAAAAACAGAAAACAGGGAGUUCAGCACCAACAGAUGAUUACAGCAAAGAACAGUCCAAGCCUAAGGCUCAAACAGAAAAAAAAGUAUCCACAGCACAGAAAAAAUUAAGUCGGGUUGAUAAAUCUGGCAUGAAGAGUUUAUCAAGUUUUUUCUCCCCAAAACCAAAGAAAUAAUUUCAAACUUUAUACAUAAUCAUCACAGGUGCUAUAUAAAGUCUGUAAAUACAAA